CGACACCGUUUCCGCUCCGAAUUAAAACACUGAUAAACCCCCAAUUAAGACAUGUGUGAUAAGAACGUCUCAAAUGAACUUUUCUCCGCUGUCCGGUUUAAAGCUCUUGAUUAUGUGUUUGAGGCUAGCACCACUCUGAAGAUCUCCAUAAACCUACUGUCGCUACCAGCGCCGUAUGUAACUGGUACCGGUGACCUUUACCCCCACAGUGGCAGGUUACCUGAUGACACCUACAGGAAGCCAUGGAUCCGAGGAAAGGUGAUUUCUUCCUGCAAGCUCUUUGUCAGUGGUUCAGUUCUAGAUGACCUUGGACAGAAAAAUCAACCUGUUAAUUCAUUGGAAAGAUUUAUUGUGGAAAAGGAUGUGGAGAUAGUUCCCAGCUCUAAUCCCGACUCCUUCGAUGAGGAUCAGUUUAUUUUCCUCCUAAAUAAGCAGAUUAAUGAUUCAUAUCAGGAAACGUUUUCUAAAUGCAGACCUGACCAGACGAGUCCAGAAACUAAGAGCAAAGAUCUCUUCCUCUCUGAGGACUUCAUUGCUCCAGAUUUGGUGGCAGAGUUAAAAAGACAUUUACCGUCUUUGAAAGCCAAACUGUCCAGGCUGAAGACGCUUCCUGUGUCCGACCCGCUGCUGAACUCAACAGGAAUCAGCAUCUCUGAGGACGCCAUGUUCAGCUGCUUCAGGCGAUGUGAGUCCUACCAGAAACCUGCAGACGCCAACGCCAUCAGUGAUGUCACAUGUGGAGAUUUUCAAGAUCCGUUUCUUAAACUUCCUCUCUUGCAGACAGAGUCGCUGCUGUUACCGCCUGUAGUCGACAGUUCCCGGAUUAAAACACAAAACUUCACGGCUUUUUCUGGUGUCGGUGGUUGUGUGAGCAUUUCUCCAGAACCAGUAGACGAGGAAUGUUCUGUCCUGGAUUUACUUCGUAGAACUUCUCUUUCAAAGUCUCCAGUGGAGAUUUCACAGUUUGAUUUACAACAAAAACAAAUAAAAGAAAAGAGACAGAGUGGAAAACUGAUCGAAUCAGGAUGCUCAGGGAGUGUUGCGUCUCCAGUUGGAACAGAGCUGGACUUUAUUCUGAGCCCAAUUCCUAAGAAGAACCGAACCCACAUCCGUCUGUCCACAUCUCAUCUCCAGGAAGAAAAACUUUCUCCUUUCACACCAACAUCUUUGCUCUCGACAAGAACCAAAAAUGAGAUGAAGAAAACAGUCUGGAGCUCAGAGAAGCAUCUGACCUCCGUCCUUCGCUUCCUGUUGUCAGAGCCUGCGUUACACGAAGCAGCCUCCGGGUUUCAUCCUCUGCAUGAAGCGUUGGGAGUUAUCAAACUAGAAAAACAAAGUUUCAGCAGUGCUGUUGACAAACUGGAACUACGUUUAGAGACAGGAAAACCAGAGAUAAUUCUGGGUAAAAACCUUGAGUUGAUUGAAAUGAUGGCGACUGAGGUUCCUACAAACGGACAGAACGAGAAGGAAGACUUCAACAGAAUGACACCUGAGCAUGAGGAGGUUGAAUUUCUCCAUGUGGAUUCUCCAAACAACACCGAUCUCCUAAAAAAAAGCCCUGUUGGUUCACCCCGGUUCUUGUCCUCGAAACACAUCGUCGGCCCAAACAGUUGGGAACGAAGCACCACCAGCACCGGUCCAGAGAAGACACGUUCGGAACCUGCUGCCGGUUCUCCUGCGCUCGUCAACGUCAGCAGUGGCGUAGCUGAUUGGUUUAGGAGCUCCGGCGGUUCUGGCUGCUCUCUGCCCUCCAGAUCAAACAUCGGAGAUAAUCAGAAGAGUUUGAUCUUCACGAAACAUCGACCGGAGAAGAACCUGGACCCUCUGUCCGACUUCAUGACGCUGAGGUCGCAGCAGCUGGCUGCAGCUGGUGCAACUACAAGCAUCUCUGCAGUACCAGAAGAAGAGGUGAACCAUGAGACACCAGAGCAGCAGCAUCAUCAUCCAGAAGAGAUGAAGACGACUGACAGGAAGCCAGCGUACGUGAGCCUCGCUGUGAUGGGAGACGCAGUCAGAGAGCAGAACCCGGCCGCUGUGAGGGCGGGUCGGAUCGACGGUCGUCCUGUCGGCGACUCGGACCUCAAACAUCACAGCCGAGUCAUUCAGGUUCAGCCAACAGAGAGUCAGCGGCGAGCUUACGGCGAGCUGCUGGCCGUCGCUGUGCCUUGUUUGAGUUCGGCCAGGCAGCUGGGGCUCCACUUCCCGUCGUGGGGAGACUUCAGCUGCUUGACCCCAGACCAGACGCACUUCCUGCUCAAACAGCAGGAUCGGGCCCUCAGCAGGACCCCAGCAGGGAGCUCCGAACUGGUCAGAGAUCAGGAGCAGCUUUUUAACCUGGCUGCUCUCGUCCAUGUGUUAGUGACGUUCAAAGAGCUGCUGCUGAAGUGUGACCUGAGCAUUGCUGUGGAGUACCUGACCAGAGCAGCUGAGACGUGUGAGGAUCAUCGCCUGAGGCAACUGAGGAAGAGGCUGCAGAUCAUCCUCUUCCUCAGUUACAGGAAGGAAGAACCCGACUUCAAACUGCUGGAGCUGCAACAGCUUCUGGCUGAAAUGCUGCAAAUGAGAAAAGGAAGCAGCUCUACAGAGAAAAUUCUCAUCAUUCUCUCUGUGGAAUCUCAUGAAACCAGUUCAAAGGUCGUCACCAGCUUGAGCAAAGUAACCGGAGCUGCAGUGAGUUCAGUUUGUCCCGAUGAGGAGAAGAAGAAACUGAACGGCGCCUCUGUGGUCAGCAGAGUUUGCGGCAGCGAUUGUGUUUUGGUAUUUGAGGAGAACAUCGGACCAGAUUUUCCCUGGAGCUGCUUCUCAGUUUUGGUGGAGUUUGACCAUCCGGGCCCGUCCCGCUGGUCCCAGAUCUGCAGCGACCGAAGCAUCAGCCGCCUCUCCUUCAUCACCAGUCUGUCCGACUCCGACGCAGAGAAAAUCUGUUGGCGUCUGGAGGAAAACGUCCCGUUUGUGUUGCUGGUGACCGAGGGGCUUCUGAAUUAUCCUCUGCUGCUGCAGACACUUGAGUCAAGCUUCGGUGUAACUGUGAUGGAGAGGAGCCACAGUCCAACUUUGCAGAAACUCGGAGGAAUCCAUAACUACACCGUGAUCACUGUAGACGAAAGUACAGCUAUCGUCAUUCAGGAGCAGGAUGAACUGGGUCAAGACCGAGCCAGUGAGAGGCUGGUGAUGAGGCUGAGCGCGCUCUCUCUGCAGUACAGCUGCUGCUGGCUCAUCCUGCACUGCCCUGACGGCCGGGGCGGAGGGUUUUCAAGCGAAACCUUCAGCAACUUGGUGUUGGUUUAUUCGUCUCUGGUUUUGUUCGGCAUGAAGUCCGAGGAGCUGGAUGUGAAGGUGCUGAUUGUGUCAGAAGUGUUGGAAAUGGCCGAAUUUAUCAAUCAGAUCUGCUUCAGCUCCCUGAUGUCCAAAUAUGGAGAUCCUGUGAGCUACCUGGACAGAGACUGGCUGACUGUCAGCCCCUCUCAGGAAGAGGCGUGUCUGUCCCAGUUCCCGUGUGUCAGUCCUCUGGUCGGUCAGCUCAUGCUGAGCAGAGCUCCCUCCCUGCAGUGGCUCCUGGGGGCCGACCUGCCUCAGCUCUCACUGUUACUUCCUGAAGUCCCACAGAAAGUCCUUAAGCUGUUCAGUGACAUCACUUCCUUGUACUUGAGCAACACAGAACCAGCAACCCCUCAGAUUAACCAGACAAACCAACAACCCUUCAGAACCGCUCAGACCUUCGGCACUGAGUCCGAGUUCAUGAACCUUCUGCAUCCAGAGCCUAACAGCAGCUUCCUAUGUGAAGCUAUGAACCCAGAGGACCUGUUCCCCAACCAGAACCCAGAGUCUUCGAACUUCAAACUGGACCUGAACGAUUCCUUUGGGAGUCCGGUUAAGGACCGGACCGGUCCAGAUCCCUGGAAGGAGGAGGAGAGGCUUCCUGUGUGGAGAGGCAGAGCUGGAGCGGCAGGGAGAAUCGUUGAACGAGUCGGUGAUUUGUGGGCCCCAAGAGAUUCCCCCGAUAUUUCUUACCUUCAGACAUCAAACAGCCCGGUUCUACUGGACUCUCGGUUCAGUUCCAGUCACACCUCUUACAGUGACCUCCAGCAUCCCCACAGCGCUCACUUCAUCUUCAGUCAGAGCCCUCCUACGCCGGCCGUCUUGGAUCAAAGCUAUCACAGUUUGACCAGCAGCGGUUCUUCUUCUUUUGGAUCCAAGUUCUGGAGCGGUCAGGAGAGGAAGAGGACCGGAGACGCAGCCGAUCUGGUUGAAUCCGUGCUGACGCCGCUGAAGAGGGGAAGGCUGAGCUAUGAGAGGGUUCCCGGCAGAAAGGACGGACAGACGAGGCUUAAACUGUUUUAAUCUUCUUUUAACAAUAAGAUUUUCUUUUUAUUGUAGCUGUAAAUUUUUCCAACAUUACUGUUCCAUAUUUAUGAGUUUUACCAGUUCCACUUUAAAAGUUAAUAAUAAAAAUAAAUUCAAAUGUAAUGAAACAGUAAAUUCAGUAGCUGUGAUGUAAAACAUGUCACUCAUAUGUAAUUCAUUGUAAUUGAAAG